CCAGCAGUAGACGGGUGGCAUCGCAGGGUAAAGGUGCGCUGCGAGGCGCAAGGAAGGCGGGCGAGCGAACUUGCCAGCCAGCAUCUCUUGCGAGGGGCGGCUUCGAGGGGCUUCUCGCUGCUAUCGGGGGCCCAGCAAAGAUCUCCCUGAAAAAAAAAUCAGUCAACCGGUAGGCAAGACCAGCGUCCGCCACGGUCGAAGCCCGUAGGAGGGAGACCACAAACAGCAUGGCCUUUAGCCGAAAGAACUGGUCCGCGCUGUCCAGCCUGGCUCAGCAAUGGUCUGUUGAGGAUGAGGAGGAGCAGGAGAGAGAGCGCAGGCGGAGACAUAGGCAACUGAAUCCCACCUCUGAGGCAAAGGAGGAGGAGUCCUCCAGCACAGUACAGAAUGUGACCAGUCAAAUGUCAAACAGGUUUGAUAAUUCCUUAGAGGCAAAGCUGCUUGACUUGGAAAAUUCAGCACUGAAAAAUGUGAAGGCUCAAGCAGAUACAGUAGAUAAACUGGAAGGCAGAAGAGUAAGGAGGAGAGCAGAGUUUUUAAAUAACAUAAAAGAAGAGAAGAAAACACCAGUGAACAUCAAGAAAUUUGAAAAGGAACCUGCUAAAGAGAAACAUCCAUCUCCUCCAGAACCAUCCAAAGAAGAGGUGACAGCAGGAAAAAGUGAAACCCUAAUUCAGCAAAAGGACCUCAUAGAAGGAAACCAUCAAAUCCAGAGUCAGAAAAAAGAGGAGGUCACACUGGAGAAACAUGAAGCCUUGAACCAUAAGGAGGACCUCAAAACAAACAUAGAUGAGGUCUUUACUGAGGGGCAGAAGGCUCCAAAUGUAUGUGAAUCUCAGAGACUGGCAGUGGCCCAGAAUGAGGUGGCUUCCCAGCAGCCUCAACGAGCUUCUUGGGAACGUAGAAGCAUCAGCCGGCUUGAGGUGAAAAUUCAGCCAAGAACAAGAAAGUUGACUGAUCCUGCUGCAGCCCCACCUGCUUCCGAGGCACCCCAGGCCACAGAAAAAGCUAUUCCCAAACCAAAUGCUAAAACUGUAAGGUCUCCCUCUGGUCGAGAAGGGUUUGAUGCUCCUGCACUAAUUUCUGAACCCCGGAUUACCUAUAGUAGCUCAUUCAACCGGAUCAGUCCAAGAACAAUCUCAUUCCGGGUUGUUCCCAAGAAAGAAAGACAAGUAGAUACAUUUAGCAGAAGUGCCAGUAUGAGGCUUCCAGCAAACACAGCUACACUUGAGGAGAAGCUAGAGAAAUAUACGUCAGCUGUCCAGAGGGCAGGGUCCAUGAAAGUGCCUCCAUCUGUUCGGAGAAACUUCCAACCAGCUUCAGAGGGUGUGGCCAGCAAGCGUAGCAUCUUUGAAGCCACUGUUCCUGUCCAGAGCGAGCCCCCCACUCUUGUCCGUAAGGAAAGUUUGAGGAACCCAGGGGGAGUUUCGUCCCGUAUUAAUCUCUGGAUAAGUCGAACUCAGGAACCCAGCAAGAAUGAAGGAGCCAAGGACAUUCAGAGAACUGGGAACACCAUACAAGAGAGUUAGUGGGGAAACUGAUCUGAUGGUUUGUGAAGGAAAUCCAAGAUGUAACUAGACAAGCUACUCUCAGGAAAACUUACCUCCAUUGAAAUAAAAGGCAUGGACCACUUGGAAUUCUAUUAUAUUCUUCAGUUUAAUGCUCUACUCUUCUAUAGGACCAGCUGUCUGGCAAAGAAUAUCUAUCAGUCAACAUGCCUACAGUGCCUUUUAUUGGAUGGGGGCUCUUGGUGACUUAAAACACAUGCUUUUGAUUUGAUGGAUGGGAAAGUUGACUUAUGACAGAAAAAGACUAUAUUUCUAUAAUUCAUUUUUUAUCUCUUUAUCCUGCUGUAUUGCCCGUCAUCAUCCAAAAUUAAGUUAAAUCUUAAGUUCUAUCAGCAAAUAUGAAAUAAAUAUGGCUUCUUUACUGGAUUAUGUUUCAGCUAUGUUUCCACCAUGAUGAAUACUUUAAGUUUGCACCAAGCAAUAACAAUUGUUGCAUUAAUGUAGCUUUGCCUAUUUUCACUGAUCUUAUUGCUAUCUUAUGAUGUUCUUAGAAUAAAAGGGCAGUUUUAAUGGGAAAAACUGUGCUUAACUCUAAACUGAUCAGAGCCAUGAAGAGGUAUAAAGCAGAGACCUACCUGAAUACUGGAAGUAGAGUGAUAGGCCAUCUACAGUAUGUGUUGUGGGAAAGAGAAGGGUGCAGAGUCCCUGAAUAUAGGGAUGAACUUGUUCUGCAGAAGCCUCCAUGAAAAAAGUAAUGUCCCUCCCUCCCUGAAAAAUUGCCAAGGAGUGUCUUUUGUAUAGUAAAAAUGCAUUCUAUAUUUAAAGAAUAUUUUUUAUAAUGCAUACUUCUAUUUCAGCUCAGCCCUAGCCAUUACUGAGACUCACUAAAACUAAUAGAAAAAUUAUGUUGUUUUCAUCAGGACUUGCCAAUAAUAUACAUCUAUUUAGGUCUACUGCAUUCAAGAGGUCUUAUCCCCAGGUAAAUGUACAGUGGAUUGCAACUAAUGUCAUGGCUAAUUUUAGCUGAAUCAGGGCUGUGGAUUGGCACCUGUCCUGCCUACUAGCACAUCAUAAUUAAACGACUUAGAAGUCAAAUUACACACACACAUGCGCUACAUAAAUUCAGAAGUGGGGGACUGAAUUUGACUUUCACUGUAUUUCAU